AUGUCUGAUGAAGAGGUUGGAGCGCUUGUGGUGGACAAUGGGUCCGGCAUGUGCAAAUCUGCAGGUUUUUUAAAGGACAAGAGAGGAGAGGGAUUUCAAGCUUCUGAAUGGAAUACUGAUUUGAAAGGUUUUAUCUAUGCCGGAUUUGCUGGUGAUGAUGCACCACGUGCAGUGUUUCCAUCAAUCGUUGGACGGCCACGGCAUCAGGGUGUAAUGGUCGGCAUGGGUCAGAAAGAUUCCUAUGUUGGUGAUGAAGCACAAGCAAAAAGAGGUAUUCUAACUUUGAAGUACCCUAUCGAGCAUGCCCCACUCAAUCCCAAAACGAAUAGGGAAAAGAUGACGCAAAUUAUGUUUGAAACCUUCAAUACUCCGGCUAUGUACGUUGCAAUUCAAGCUGUGCUGUCCCUUUACGCGUCUGGCCGUACCACUGGCAUCGUUAUGGAUUCGGGUGAUGGUGUUACCCACACCGUACCAAUUUAUGAAGGCUACGCUUUACCACACGCAAUAUUGCGUCUAGAUCUCGCUGGGCGUGACCUUACUGAUUACUUAAUGAAGAUUUUGACAGAACGUGGCUAUUCAUUUACCACGACGGCAGAAAGGGAAAUUGUUCGUGACAUUAAAGAGAAAUUGUGUUACGUUGCACUAGACUUUGAGCAAGAGAUGGCAACAGCAGCGUCUUCAUCUUCAUUAGAAAAAUCUUAUGAACUUCCAGACGGUCAGGUUAUAACAGUUGGUAACGAAAGGUUCCGAUGCCCUGAAGCACUUUUCCAACCUUCCUUCCUUGGCAUGGAAGCUGUUGGCAUUCAUGAGACCGCCUACAACAGUAUCAUGAAGUGCGAUAUCGACAUCAGGAAAGAUCUGUAUGCAAAUCUUGUGCUGUCGGGUGGUACGUCAAUGUAUGCCGGAAUCGCAGAUCGUAUGCAGAAGGAGCUUACUGCCCUUGCUCCUAGCACCAUGAAAGUUAAAAUUGUUGCGCCUCCUGAAAGGAAAUAUUCUGUAUGGAUCGGAGGUUCCAUAUUAUCCUCUCUUUCCACCUUCCAACAGAUGUGGAUUUCCAAACAAGAAUAUGAUGAGUCGGGACCAUCGAUAGUUCACCGCAAGUGCUUCUAA